CGUGAUUUUUCCCCCCUGCUACUUUCAGGUCGUGUAACACUUGAUGGCGAGUAUUCGUAAAAAGCUGGUGGUAGUUGGGGACGGGGCAUGUGGGAAGACUUGUCUGUUAAUCGUUUUCAGCAAAGAUGAAUUUCCAGAGGUUUAUGUGCCCACCGUUUUUGAAAACUACGUCGCGGACAUUGAAGUUGACUCCAAACGAGUUCAGCUGGCUUUAUGGGACACGGCGGGGCAGGAGGAUUACGACCGACUGAGACCCUUGUCCUAUCCGGACACCGAUGUCAUCCUCAUGUGCUUCUCCGUGGACAGCCCGGACUCUCUGGAAAACAUUCCAGAAAAGUGGGUGCCGGAAGUGAAACACUUCUGUCCUAAUGUGCCCAUAAUUUUGGUGGCGAAUAAGAAAGAUUUGCGGAGCGAUGACAAUGUGAGAAGUGAGCUGUCGAGAAUUAAACAGGAACCAGUGAGAACAGAGGACGGACGCGCCAUGGCUGCUCGCAUCGGAGCGCAGGACUACAUGGAGUGCUCUGCCAAAACCAAAGAGGGGGUUCGGGAAGUGUUUGAGACCGCCACUCGAGCAUCCUUACAGAAGAGACCAAGACCACCCGCUGGCUGUUUGAAUUGUUGCCGACUGAUUUGAAUAAUAAUAACAAUAAUAAACCUAUGACACAAAGGUGAGGGUUCACGGGACAUCCUCCUCGAAACGAUUGCUUUUUCGCGUAUGCCAUCAGCAGAAACGACAUUUAGGCUACUCAACACGCUGUGCAUGUAUUGCGAGGUCACCAAAGCUAUCUAAUGUCAUAUGGGCGAAUUCAGGCUGGGCACUGGAUGGACUUUUGCUAAAUUAUGUUAAUGGCUUGAAUGAAUGAAUGAGGCAUUUAUAUAGCGCUUUAAUGUGUAUUGCAAUACACCCAAAGCGCUUUACAAUCAUGUGGGGGGUCUCUCCUCAACCACCACCAGUGUGCAGCAUCCACUUGGACUUAAGGACUGUGGCACCGGUGAUGGUAAUGGACUGCACACAGGAGUUUAAAUAUACCAAUAGGUUUCACAGCUUAAGCUUGUAGACUUGGCACAGGUUUUUUUCUUUCUUUCUUUUUUUUUUUUUUUUGUGAGUAUGCUUGCUGAAGAAAGUGUUUUUGUUGUUGUUGUUGUUGUUGUUUUAAGAAUAUGCCCCAAUACCUUAGAGUGUUCAGUUAUAAAGUUACCCUGCUAAGACACUUCUGUCAUAAUGUAGAAUACCUUAAAAGGAUCAUGUAAGGAAUAAUUGAAGCCGGGCCGUGUGCAUUAUUUUUCUAAUAAUUCAACAGACCGAAGUCAAUUAUUCCGCUUAUACUACGGUUGCCACACCUCAAGACAUCGAUCAGAUGAUAUAUUUCAAGGCAUUCGUACGGUAUUUCUACUUAAAUCGCUUUUGUGAGUAGGAUUAUUUCUCCCGUGUCUCACCCAACGCCUCCGUUGCUAAUUCCAAAAUGUCAUUUUAAACCUAGUAAUGGAGGCUUGAGCCGUUGAUAACAGACUAAUGCAGUUAAUACAGUUUAAUAAGUAAGUUAUGAGAGAGAGAGAGAGAGAGAGAGAAUGGUCUCUGUGCGUCUCUCAAUAGUGUUCGGCAGCAAUGUCUCUAGUUACAGUGAAACUUAGUUCCUUUUGUUCACGAACAGGGGUGCGUUUCCCAAAAACAACGUCCAAGUUCGCAAGUUCCGUCGUUACCAAUAGAGUUCAAUGGAACUAACGACCAUAGUUAGCUAACGAUGCUUUAGGGAAACGCACCCCAGAACCGUUGUUGUUACCUCGCUUGUGAGAAGUCAUAGUUUUUAAGUUGUUUACUGAGUAGCGCUAACAACAUUAGCGCGAUGUAUGUUAGUGUGUGCAAACUGUAACUGUUAUGUAUGUGCGGUCUGUGAGGGAGAGAUAGAGUAUGUGCUUUCCAUACAUAAUAAAGCGUAAUUUUGUGGCAAAAA